GAAAGUGAAAGUGACGUGACGUCCCAAACAUACUCGGAAUUUGUGCUCUGCAUUUCACCCAUCCAGGAGCACACAGAGCUAAUCCGACACGUCCGCCUCGCCAUCGCGAGAGGUUUUUGACAUUCGUCAGCAUGACAUCAGAGCAAGGCGGCCCGCACUCGGACACAUUUCUAACUGGCAUGCAUCUCGCGGUGAUCACCGGUGAUCGGUUCUGCGGUUUCCGCUGCGUCCUCCAGAAGUCGCAUGCUGCAUACGUCAUCAAGGAUGUCUUAUUUACCUUUAAAUGCGACCAUUGGAAGAUGCAGGAUUCUAAAUGAGAUGCAGCAAUCGGAUGUUGAACACAGAGGAAGAAGAAGGAAGAAGAAGAAGAAGAAGAUACGAUUAGUGGAAACCAGCAUGAAGAAACUGCUUGUGGACGUGGACUGUGGUGUGGAUGAUGCUCAGGCUCUCAUGAUGGCUUUGGCAGCGCCGGACGUGCAGAUCCUGGGCAUCACUUGCGUUCAGGGCAACACUUCAGUAGAAAAUGUCUGCAAAAAUGUCCUGCGUGUCCUGAAAGUGUGUAAGCAUCUGGAGAUUCCUGUAUUUCGUGGAGCAACUAAUUCACUCUUGGGGCAAACCGUUGGUUCUGGAGAUUUUUAUGGUAAAGAUGGACUCGGGGACGCCCCAGACCCUGAAGCUCCUGGUCUGGAACUUAUCCAGAAAGAGAUCGCUGCGUCAGCCAUGAUCCGAAUAGUCAAUGCGAAUCCUGGAGAGGUGUCUUUAGUGGCCACGGCUCCACUGACAAAUGUGGCUUUGGCGGUGAAACUGGACCCCUCAUUUCCCCAGAAACUCAAAGGCCUUUACAUUAUGGGUGGCAAUACAGAAUCUCGUGGGAACGUCACUGUGUGUGGAGAGUACAACUUUGCAGCUGAUCCUGAAGCAGCUUCUAUUGUCCUGAAUGAAUUCAUUUGCCCAAUUUAUAUUGCAACCUGGGAGUUCAGCUGUCGCAGUCAAUUACCCUGGGAGUUCUGUGACGGUUGGCUGGCCCAGGACACAGACAAGGCUCGCUUUAUGAAGCAGAUCUUUCAGAAGAUCAUGGAUUCCAGCAAGAAGCCUGAAAAGGAGCUGGAGGAGGGACAGGGAUUCAUCUCCUGUGACUCUUAUGCCAUGGCAGCGGCCAUAGAUGACACAUUUAUUAUUGAAAACGAACACAAAGCGGUCACUGUGGAGCUCGCAGGGAACUACUGCCGGGGAAUGAUGGUUGUAGAUCACCUCGACCUUCUGAAGAAGACUCACAAAGCCCACAUCUUGAAGAAGGUCGACUUGGAAAAGUUUAAAGUGCUCAUGAUGAAUGCUUUGAAAUAAAUGUUUUAUUAGCAGCCAUGUCCAUAAUUUCCAUGUCCGGACAAGGAUAUGUUAAUUGAUUUUAGGAAGAAUGUUUCUGUGCACAAAGUCACAUCCAUUAAGGGUCAAACAGUGGAGUGUGUGCAAUCUUACAAGUACUUGGGGACAAUCAUUGAUUUGAAGUUGAGUUUUGAAGUCAGCUGCGAAGCAGUGUGUAAAAAGGGACUUUUUUUUUUAAGGAAACUGCAAAUUUCAAAUUGAUAAAACACUGUUGAUUUUGUUUUAUCAUGCUUUUAUUGAAUCUAUUUUGUCUUUUUCUUUGGUGUCCUGGUAUGGGAAUUUAUCUUUAAAGAUGCUCUUUGUAAUAAUGACAGCUUGUGUUUGAAAUGGGUACUGCAGUCCAAAUUCAAAAUAUUGUUUGUCCCGCCUCCUCCUCCUCAGACUCCAUGCUCUCAUGGGUUGCCAGUUUGAAGACACGCAACAAGAGCGAGCUCAACUGACAUUGGAAGGAGAGGAGACUUACACACUGUAAGAUAAUUAGUUGAUUUAUUGAUUUAUGAUGAGUUGAUAACGCGUUUUAAUAUGCUCCCGUUCAUAGAGAUUUUUAGAUGGAUGCUGAGGCUUUUUAGGUUGGGUAGAAUCUGCGAUCUCUGACCCAGUUUGUUCGCUGGCUUCCACGGCUGCAAUUCACUGCGUGUGUUUUCCGCCAACUGGCAACCCGGGGUGGCGAAAUACUAUUGGGUAAAUUGGCAACAUGCGGUCUUGCACAGACCGAAACAAAAACAAAUUCCGACAUGGAACACAAAUUUCAAAGUAAAAUAACUGGCUGUAGCAAUGGUUUUCAGAGAAACGAAUAUGUGAACUGAGCAUGUUUAAUAAAUACUGCAAACAUAUUAUGAAAUUUUUAUGCUUUAGUAAAGUCAAAAACUUACAUAGAGCACCUUUAAAGAGCAGGAACUCUAUUAACCAAAUUGUGAAUUGGUCCAGUAGGUUGACUGGGGAGCCGCAACUUAACCCUGCUUCACUGUAUACCAGGCAGGUACAGCAAAUGAGUUUUUUAAGGGACAGGCAGCAUCCCUUCUAUUAUGAGUUCCAGCUCCUUCCUUCUAACCGACGGUUUAGAAUACCACAUGUAGCCUACAACAAAGCGGUACAAGAACAGCUUUGUCCCAGUAGUGAUUAAUCUUUUGAAUAGUAACAAGAUGAAGUUAUGGGUUGAUUUAUUACAAUGUUUAGGCCCCGUUUACACUAGUGGGGUUUUGUUUUAAAACGCACUGCAGAGCCCGUUUUAGUUUGAAAACGCUGGGGUUGCGUUUCAUUGUAAACGUACCAAAACGGAGACUUUUAAAAACGAUAGUGUGGCUGCCCACAUUCGCUCUGUGUAUCCUUGAUGACAGUGUAAACAAUAACAUGGAUACUGAACUGCAAUCUUUGCUGGCUUUGUUGUCAUUUUUAGCAGCCAUUGUGCAGUUAAACUCUGCAUUGUAUAAUAGACGGGUUUCCUGUAUACAAACAAUACUGGAUGCGCGCGCAUUCAGGGGGCAAAACUGCUAACGAGUCUUAUGCCGGAAAAAUGCUCAACUUGGCUUAAUGUACUAAGUGAUAUUAACAGACAAAACUCAGUAGACAUCAUACUAAUAAACCAUACUAUGUACAGAAAAGCAGUUGAGCCCAGAAUUUGAAUGCAACGCGUUUAAUUUCACGUUAAGCGUUUUCCUCCCAUAGACGCUUAACGUGGCUUAAUGUACUAAGACAGUGAUAUUAAAAGACCGAACUCCGUAAACAUUAGAGAUGCACCGAUGUAUCGGCUGGCAAUAUUUAUCGGCCGAUUUUUGCUCAAUUUACAACCAUCGGCAUAUCGGUUUAUUAAUUAACUGCAUGAAGGCUAGCAUCAAUUGCUUUGGAAGCCUAGGUAGCGUGGACUCUGCCAAUUAUAUUAAGAAAUUAACUCUCAGUAAUGAUGAGACAUUGCUUUUCUGCCCCCCUUGUUGCGCGCAUCUCUGUGAUGACGUUGCACGGAAACCCGCCUACAUGGGCAAGAGGCAACUGUUUACACUUGUACGCACAUGCCCAGUGUGUUCGAACAGUCAUGUGACAUGCAUUUUCAGCCGUGUAGUGAGCAUGAUUUUUUUUCCUAAACCAGUUCAGCGGAAAUUCCGCCCUGGAGCCGAUUCUAAACAUUUCAUUGGCCAUGUCAAUCACAAUAUCGAUUGCCAGGAAAUGCCAGUGUAGACAAGGAUCGUUUUCAUUUUAAAACGCCAUUUUAAAACAAAAACCCACCAGUGUAAACAGGGCCUAAUGUUUAGUGUUUAGUGUUGUUUUUAGUGUUUUGUUGUAUAGUUUGUCUAUUGUUUAUAGACAGGUUUCUUGUAUACAAACAAUACUGGAUGUCUGCGCAUUCAGGGGGCAAAACCACUAAUGAGUCUUAUGCCGGAAAAAUGGUCGUUGCUCGCUCAAGGUGAACCAGGCGUAUGUCACAACCCUGGCCCCUUGGACGAACCCUUGCUGGUUCAAGCAGGGCGUGGCAAUUGGGGCAAUAGACAAGAGGAAGGUCGUCUUCACAGAUGCCUCCAAGAUGGGUUGGGGAGCUCUGUGCGACAUCCGUCCGGCCUUUGGUGCUUGGAACGGCCUGGAAACUGAGCUACAUAUCAACCGCCUGGAAAUGAUGGCGGUAUAUCAAGCUCUCCAGGUUUUCCUUCCUCUCCUGGUGGGACUUGGUCAGGUCAGACAGCAUGACGGUGGUGUCCUUCAUAAAUCACUAGGGUGGCCUCUCUUCAAAGCCCCUCUUCACUCUAGCGAAAACCAUCCUAGAGUGGGCCCAUUGCAAUCUGCUCUCGUUGAGAGCAGCACACAUACAGGGCGUGCUGAACAUAGGGGCGGACACGUUGUCUCGGAGCAACCUUCCCUCAGAGGAAUGGUCACUCCACCCCCGCUCAGUCCAGAGAAUUUGGGGCGUCUUCGGGAAGGCAGAGGUCGACCUCUUUGCCUUAGAAGACAAUCAUCACUGCCCAAUAUAUUUCUCAAAAGCCAGGGACGCACUGGCCCACGACUGGCUCAACCUCCUCCUUUAUGCUUUUCCCCCGACCGCGCUGAUUCCCCAAGAAUUCAGACGAGUCAGGGAAGGUGCUCACAAAGUCCUCCUGGUGGCUCCUCUUUGGAGGACCCAACCAUGGUUCUUGGAGCUAUCUUGGCUAUCGCCCCUGGAGCCAUGGCCAAUCCCUCUGAGACGUGACCUCCUCUCCCAAGCGAGAGGGACAAUAUGGCACCCCAGACCUGAGCUGUGGGACCUUCAUGUGUGGUUUCUCAAUCGGAGCCUGCAAGCCUCCUCGAGAAUGUCUUAAACACUAUCUCUCAGGCCAGAGCUCCGUCUACGAGACGUCUCUACUCCCUGAAAUGGGCCAUCUUUGCCGCCUGGUGUACAGCCCAGGGCGAGGACCCAUUGACUUGUGACAUAUCCCAGAUAUUGUCCUUCCUUCAAGACUUAAUGGAUAGAGGCCUGUACUCCCUCUACCUUUAAAGUCUAUGUUGCAGCUAUAGCAGCUUCUCACGCUCCUAUAGCGGGGCAGUCGAUAGGAAGAAACGACCUUGUUGUUCACUUCCUUAAGGGAUCCAGGAGGUUGAAUCCCCCUCAUCCCCUCACGGUUCCUACCUGGGAUCUUUCUGUGGUUCUUAGAGGCCUUAAAGGCCCUUCCUUUGAACCAAUCCAGACUGCCGACCUAUGACCCCUGUUGCUGAAAACUGCCUUGCUGCUAGCUUUAGCAUCAGUUAAGCAUGUGGGAGAUUUACAAGUGCUCCUUUUUUGAUAGUUUGUAGAGCGUAUUUCCCGAUGCAUCCAGUAGGAGGCAUUAUUGUUAAAGUUUGCCGCCUGCUGUGUCAUUAUAUUAUUACUGAGAGAACGGCAACUGCGCACUUCAUUUUUCCUGCCUGUUAUUUGGAUGUUUGUUGGCAUUUGGUGUUUCAAAGUGUUAAUUCAUGACCAUAAAGUAAGUUUUCUUCGAUUUCUAUGUUUUUAAAUGUGUUUGAAGUGUAUUAUUUAACUUUGUAGGUUUGUACAUUUACGAUUUACGUGUUGUAGUUUGUUAUAGAGACGGAGGCUUUUGUAUGCUGGAGAACAACUUGUUUUAUUAGCUAUCAUGGAGAGCUCGAAUCACUCGAAUCACUUAUCACAUGUAUGUAAACUUGCCCGGCCACAAGGGGCACUUCAACACAGGAAAAUACCAUAUAUGAACAUAGCUUCCUUAAACACACCCCAAGUAUAUCUUAAGUAACUAGAUGGCACAUCAUCAGUUAUCUACAUCACCUUUCCUUAGUUCUAUACUUUCUCUAAUCAAAAGUACUAUAAUUUCACAAACAUCUUUGUAACAUUAUGUAAUGCAAACUAAAAUCACAACUGAAAUAGAAUAUCAGAAUUACUCCUUACAAUAACACAUUCUUACAUCAGAUUUUCAACAACAUGUAUCGUUAAUCAGUGUACUUAGAAUUAGACUUGGAAAUCCGACCAUAUCUAGUACGAUAUGGUAACUUUUGAGCAGUUGGCUCAGCUGGAAUGUUUUCUUCAGCAUGCAGUGCAUCUUUAGACACGUUGCUGUUGUCUGGCACAGAUUUGAGUUGUGACAAUAAGUCCUCCAGAUCAACUUGUGUGCAGUGUGGGAGUGGUUCUUUUACAGGAAGUAGAUGUCGACGAUUCCUCCUGUACCCUUUACCAUCUGACUCCACAACAUAACAUCUGGGCUCGUUGAGGGUGUUCCUAACAACUCCAAUCUUGUCGUGUCCUUUUGCUGUUUGCAUCCAUACCACUUGGGAUUCAUGCAGUGAAGAAAGUGGUUUGCUCCUUUUAUCGAAGUAUACUUUUUGCAUUUUUCUCUUCUUGGAGAGUUGAGCUUUGACUUUCACAGUGUCCUUUGACCUUGGCUUUAGCAUCUGCAUGCUGAUGGGCAUGUUGGUACAUGUUACCCUGGACAUCAAUCUUUGUGCCGGUGAACCCAGUAUCUUAUCUCGAGGAAUGUUGCGGAUGUUUAACAAAUUCAGAUACAAGUCUGUCCCAUCCCUCUUAGUGGUUUCGAGCAGGCACUUUGCACUACGAACGGCUCUUUGUCAAAGACCGUUCGCCUGGGGAUACUCAGGACUGCUAGUGAUGUGACAGAAGUCCCAUGAACUUGCAAAGUCUCUGAAGACCUGACUCGUGAACUGGGUGCCAUUGUCAGUGAUUAGCUUCUGGGGAAUACCGUGCACAGAAAAGUGCCUUUUCGGUUUGUUGAUGACGUUUUGCGAUGACAGGGUUCUAAGUAAGUUUAUCUCAAACCACCCAGAGUAGGACUCUACCAGCACUAGGAACGACGGACUAAGCCAAUUCUGGGAUCUUGUGGAGGUGCAAUGGCUCCUUUUGUUGAUGAGGUUUUAAAGCAUUGCAUAUGCUGCAAGACUGAACCGAGUUGUCAAUGUCCUGUGUCAUAGUUAACCAGAAAACGGCUUCGGCUCCUGCAUGUCCUUUGUGCAAGAUUUGUAGAUAUUCAUGCUUUGAGGAAUUACUAUUCUUGUUCCCUUCAUUAUGAUUCCAUACUUAGUAGUGAGCUCAUCUUGGAAAGGAAAGAAGGGUUUUAGUGGCACACUCUUUAUUUUCUUUGGCCAGCCAUGCUUGAUGGUGUUGCACAGAUUUUGCAGAGAGCUGUCUUUUUCAGUGUGUUCUUUGAGCUCUUGCAGUCGGUUGACCGAAAUCAGUUGGACAGUCAUCACUUCAAAUUCAUCCUCAUCUUUGAGAUCUUUUGUUGUUACUUUCCUGGGAGCACGUGAUAGGGUGUCCACCAGGUAGAGCGCUGCUUUCCCUUUUUGUAAGUGAGAGUCGAGUUGAACUUGUCCAGCUUCAGUAUCAUUCACUGAAGUUGUGCUGGAGCAGUGUGUAGAGGUUUGUUCAAAAUUGUGACAAGGGGUUGGUGGUCUACGACUACAUAGAUGUAGUUGCUGUCUGUUUGUGUCAGUGAUUUGAUUGAUGGACUUGAAAUUGUCUUUUGAUGCAGAUUUGCACUGGGACUUGAAAUGAUUAAACUUUUUACAACAAUGACGUUGUUGCCUGAAAGCCUUGCAUAGUUCACGCUUUGCUGGAUGGUUUCCACCACAAUUUUUACAGUUAGCAAUGUUCUUUGACCUGACUUUUCUCCCUUUUCUCCCAACGCUCGUUGGCCUGCUGCACGACGCAGCCAGCACCUUCGUGUGCUGCUCUGUUAGUUCACUGUUUUGGCAUAUUUUGAUUGCUUUCGCGAGAGUUAAAUCACUUUCUUUGAGCAACACUCGUCUCACGCUAUCAUUGUCUAUGCCACACACCAUUCUGUCUCUGAUUAGUUCAUCCGUGAGUGCACCAAAGUUACGUGUUUUCGCUUUAUUUCUUAGCGUACUCAUGUAAGCCUCGAUGGUUUCUCCUUGUUUCUUAUUUCUGGUGUUAAACGAAUGUCUCUCCAUCGUCACAUUUGUCUCCGAGUUGCAUACUUCUCUGAAUUUACGCUUUAAACAUUCUGGAUCUUCUCUUGACUCCGCUGGUGUAAUCACAUCUUGCCCAUUGGCAGCCAGUAUUGCUGGAGCAUAUGUGAAUGAACGCUCCCUUUCAAUCGCCUCUGGUCCUGCAAAAUUGAGGAGUAUGUAGGCUAUAGUUUUGUCUGGUUUAUCGCUGUGGGCUGCGGCGAUAAAUAUGUUGAAUUCCAGUUUGAAUUUUUGCCAGUUCUCUGCUAUGUUGCCAUCAAAGAUCAGCGGGUCUGGUCGGCGAAAUCCUUCGGCCAUUGUGUCCUCUUUUAUCCUCUUUUUUUGCAAAUUAUUUUAACUUCUGACACCAUGUAGUUUGUUAUAGAGACGGAGGCUUUUGUAUGCUGGAGAAUAACUUGUUUUAUUAGCUAUCAUGGAGAGCUCGAAUCACUUGUAUCACAUGUACAUAAACUUGCCCGGCCACAAGGGGGCACUCCAACACAGGAAAAUACCAUAUAUGAACAUAGCUUCCUUAAACACACCCCAAGUAUAUCUUAAGUAACUAGAUGGCACAUCAUCAGUUAUCUACACGUGUGAUCGCUUGAUAGAUAAACAAGAUAUUCUAUGUAAUUUCUGUUAAAUACAGAGUUAAAUGCUACAGUUUACAUAGUAAUCAAUCUGUAAUCGGUCAUGUUUUGAUACUGUGGAAAGAUUAACCAGUAUUACUGCCUUUUUGAUGAUGUUAUUUGGGAAAUUGCAUUGUUUGUUAAUGCACCUGGAUUUAUUAAUAUAUAUUAAUGCUAAAGUCACUUCAUGAGACCAGACCAAUAGUUAUAUUGUCUCCCAUUGCAUGUCCUCUGCAUAUUUAAAACUUCAGCUGUUAUUUAAAGAAUAUACUGAAAAUGUUAGUAUUCUUGAUUAAGGAAUGUCUGAUUUAUUUUUGAAUCUGUACCUAUUUCUACUUAUACUAAUGUUAUGUUUUAUUUUUAGACCAAUAUUCAAUACACUUUGGAAACAAG